AUAGAAAAAAAAUUAUAAUUAACCUAUAAAUUGAGGUCCAUUUUCUAGAAAUUCCGUCUUUUGGGAAAUUUGGACAUAAUUCAAAAAUCAUAUAGAAAAUGGAAAAUACCAAUCUGUUACAAUGCUACAAUAGGGGAUGUGGUCAAAAAUUCAAUCCAAACGAAAAUAAAGAAGAUUCAUGUCGCCACCACCCAGGAGAUCCUUUUUUUCACGAUGCUUACAAGGGUUGGUCUUGUUGUAAUAAGAAAUGUACAGAUUUCACUGAAUUUCUGAACAUAAAAGGGUGUACUGUUUCUUUUCAUUCCAAUAUUAAACCCCCAGAACCUGAAAAACCUAAAACUCAAGAACUAGACAUCAGUGAAGUUAUUGAAGUUAAACCAAUUGUCCCGAAUACUCUUCCACGCCCACCAUUCGAUAGUCAAAUGACCUUGAUGAAACCAGAGAUAGCACCGUCUCUGAAGCAACAAAUUUUCAACAAGAAAACUGAGAAAGAGAAGACUGAUACCAAUGAAAUUCCUAUUGGAACAAAUUGUAAAAAUGGAGGAUGUAAAGUCACCUAUCAGGGAUUGGAAACUAACGAUUCAAAGUGUAUUUACCAUCCAGGGUAUCCAGUGUUCCACGAGGGUUUGAAAUUUUGGUCAUGUUGCAAGAAAAGGACAAGUGACUUUCAGUCAUUUUUGGAUCAAAUCGGUUGUGAAGAAGGAAAUCAUCUGUGGAAAAAAGAGGGUGGUGGUAAAAGCACUGUAAACUGUCGUUGGGACUACCAUCAAACUGCCUCUCAUGUAAUAGUAACAAUUUAUGCUAAACAGUAUGAUGUGGAAAAAACCGAAGUUAAAUUAAAUCCUAUUCGAUUAUCUGCCGAUUUGAUUUUUCCAACAGACAAUACCAGGUUUUCUCUUGAUUUAGAACUGAAGGGGAUUAUCGAUGUAGAUAAAUCGAAGAUUUCCAUGUUCAGCACAAAGGUAGAAAUAUCUUUGAAAAAGGCCGAACCCGGAAGUUGGUCGAGGCUGGAAAUACCUAGGACUGUUUCCAAGGUCAAGGAUGAUUCUAAAUUUGAAGAAGAUGUUGAUAAGGAAAUUACUACGAGCAUUGACUUGGUUGAUCUAAGCGACCUAUGAAUUUCAUAAUUAUCCUUAAGAUCAAACAAGAUUUGGACAGUUUUGUAAUUACUUUUUGUAUGUGGAAUAAAAAUGCUUUUACAAAA